AUGGAUAGUAGACAACGCGAUAGGAUACACCCCUCUACUAUAGAAACGACAAGAGAAAGAAACUUCUCAACCACAACGUAUACGCCACCUCCGCCAACAACACCGGCGGAGCCACCGGUCUGCACGACAAUCGGCUGUGUACGAGCUGCAAAUAAUAUCAUAAACGCCCUGAACACAUCCGUGAAUCCUUGCGAGGAUUUCUAUGAAUUUGCUUGUGGUUCUUGGAACGAGGAUCACCCGAUACCAGAUGACAUGUCGACUUUUGGAACCUUCUCGUUCGUCAGGGAGCAAGUUCGGCAACAACUACGAGUACUACUGGAACAGGAAGUAACGUCUCAGUCCGUUUCCAUUAAUAUGGCCCGAAUAGCUUACAAAACCUGCAUGAACAAGACCCAACUGGAGGAGCUGAAAACAAGCUUACUUUUU